AUGAAGUGCAAGCCGAACCAGACGCGGACCUACGACCCGGAGGGGUUCAAGAAGCGGGCGGCGUGCCUGUGCUUCCGGAGCGAGCGCGAGGACGAGGUGCUGUUAGUGAGUAGCAGUCGGUACCCGGACCGCUGGAUCGUGCCGGGCGGGGGCAUGGAGCCCGGGGAAGAGCCGGGCGGUGCUGCAGUCCGCGAGGUGUACGAAGAGGCGGGAGUCAAGGGGAAGUUAGGCCGGCUCCUGGGCAUUUUCGAGCAGAACCAAGAUCGCAAGCACAGAACGUACGUGUAUGUACUGACUGUCACUGAGAUUCUGGAGGAUUGGGAAGAUUCGGUUAGCAUUGGGAGGAAGCGAGAGUGGUUCAAAAUCGAAGAUGCGAUCAAGGUUCUCCAGUGCCACAAGCCCGUGCAUGCCGAAUAUCUGCAAAAACUAAAGCUGGGCGGUUCCCCGAGCAGUGGAAACUCCAUGGCCCCGUCCCUGCCAGAGAGCGAUCCCUAG